GAUGUGUAAUGAGUGGGACGGUACAUAAUGAAACAUCUGCUGAAAUGUCAUGCAGUGAGUAAAUAAUAGCGGCUAUAAAAACGGUUAAAUUAUGUGUGCAUUUUUCGUGGCCCCAGACUCGAUUCAAAUCGCUGCAUACCUUGAAUUGUUUCAUUGUGACGCAUCGCCAGCAACAUGACUUUAGCUAUUGCUCUGAUCAUCUUCAGUUGCUCGGCUUUACUUCCGAACGCUGCCGCCAUUUUCUGGGGAGACUGGGGCCUGUUUGAAUGCUGUCCCGACAACACGCCCGCAAUCGGCUUCAAAUUAAAAACUGAAAGGCCCCAGGGAAGGGGAGACGACACAGCCCUAAAUGGCAUUUCGCUCAAAUGUCGAUCGGAUUCGUGGGUAUCGUCCAGCGUAGGACCCUGGGGCAAUUACGGUAACGAAUUCAUUUGCCCGGCAAAUACGUUCCUGACGUCGUGCCAACUGCGUGUGGAAGGCCGUCAAGGACGAGGAGAUGAUACAGCGGCCAACAAUUUGAACUGCAAAUGCAGCAACGGUCAAAUAUUGUACGGCGAUGGUACUCAUUGGGGCGGCUGGAUGGCCUGGUCUGACGAGUGUCCUACAGGCAUCUGUGGUUUGAAAACUCGCGUGGAAGGCCGUCAAGGCAAUGGCGACGACACAGCUCUCAACGAUGUUUUAUUUAGAUGUUGCUAGAUAAUAUACAUUUCUGAUAAAUUCGAUUCUUCUACGCUGGGUGGGGGCUUUUAUUUACGCAAUUAUUUGUUUGAGGCUUAAAUGCAUUUAUUGGAGACAAAAUGUCAUGGAUUAUUUGUUUUUGUUUUUUAAUUGGUUGAUCAAAUAAUUUGCAUUUGGCAUGGAAGAUCAUGUGGACAAACCGUUCAAGAGGCAGCAGUAUAUAUGUUUGAAAACAACCUUGAGUAUCAUAAGAAGGAUCGUGAUUAAACGAAUAAAGGUUGAUUAUUGAUA